UCAUGGAGCUGCCGUAAGUUUUACCAACAGACUGCAGUUUCUUCACUGCCAAAAUGACAUCAUUUUCCACCUCUGCCCAGUGUUCAACAUCUGACAGUGCUUGUAGGAUCUCUCCUGGACAAACCAAUCAGGAAAAUGAAGGAAUUGAUGUGCCUGAUUGUCGAAGAACCAUUUCGGCUCCUGCCAUUAGACCUAAAGAUGUGUACGUAAAAAAAGAAAACUCCAAACUUUUAGAUCCCUGCAACUCAGUGGAAUUCUUGGAUUUGGCUCACAGUUCUGAAAGCCAAGAGACCAUCUCAAGCAUGGGAGAACAGUUAGAUAACCUUUCUGAACAGAGAACAGACACAGAAAACACGGAGGAUUGCCAGAAUCUUUUGAAGCCAUGUAGCUUAUGUGAGAAAAGACCACGAGAUGGGAACAUUAUUCAUGGGAGGACAGGCCAUCUUGUCACUUGUUUUCACUGUGCCAGAAGACUAAAGAAGGCUGGGGAUUUAUGUCCUAUUUGCAAGAAAGAGAUUCAGCUGGUUAUUAAGGUUUUUAUAAAAUAAUGGUAGUACAAAUAUAAAAGUGCAUUU